UCAAAGUACUAUCUCAUCUUCGCCACACUGAUGGUCCAGAAUUAAAUGAGUAUGAAGAUCUUGCGCUAAGUACUUUGGGUUGAGGAAAGAUGGUGAAGAUGACCGAUAUGUUGUGCUAAACAUGAACUCAAGUUGGCUGUCUAACGCAGGCAGAAAUUCUUUGCAGCAAGAUGGCAAGCGUUGUUGGCUGGAUAUCCUUCAGUAUCAUUCAUGUGCCCAGUCUUUCUUGAUGAAUGAGUUGUCUUCUGUUGGUUUCAGUGUACUUAAGAAGUUGGAGUCCAUUGCUCGAAUUUCUCCAAAGCCAGCAUCUUCGUAUGCCCUGGUGAGAACCAUCCUUAUUGUGAAGGAGAUAGCUAACUUUCUGGAAGAACCAGAGUUCAGUAUGCCGAAAAGUACAAUGAAGUUAAGAAGCUUCUCUGUUCUCUGGGAGCGUCGCUUCUUCGAGUUAAUUUUUCUUGUCUGGAGAGAUGGGGCGCGGAGGAGCCUCUCGCAUAUACUUGACUCACCAGUUUCAUAUGGUUUGAUUUCUGAUUACAUUGGUGCAAAUCUUCAACCAACAAAUAGAAAACUGACUCAUGGGCAUCUUGGGAGGACAACCAUCCUUCUUGUCCAUGCAGCACGAUUGGAUGAUGCACUAAUUUCAAGGCUGCUACAGUACCUAGGCAAUGAUUCUGAGUGGGCAAGUUUUUAUCGAUCUUUGAAGAGUUUUCUUGAUGCUGGUGUCGAUACCUCCUUGAUCUCGAACUUCAGGCUUGCUCUUGACUUUACCUUCAAUAGUGUUGAGUGGAGGGGUGAACUGGACUACAUAUCCCCAAUAUGCUAUGUGGGUCUGAUGGAGUGCCUUGGUUUUUUGUCUUCAGCACACCUGCUACAGAAAGGUUGUGGUGUGUACUGCACGAAAUCUCAGUUGGUCAAUAUGCUGGAGUGCCGCACCAGCAAGGUUUACCUUGAAACCUGCCUGGCAUCUACUUCAAGACCAGAUUACGAUCUUUAUCAGACGAUCUUCGAUUCAGGCCGUUUCAUAUUUCGGACAAUUAUGAAUAUCCUGACAGAUAAGAAAAUGCUUCUGGAGUGGGUCCGGAGGACUUCAACUCCUAGUAGUUCAUACACUGAAGUCCUCCUGAGACUAGUGGUCACACUUUAUCCACUGAUCCUAACUCAUGACGUGGGGAUUUCCUAUUAUAAGAUCACAAAUACUCUUCUGGAGUGUGGAGUCUUCGAGGAUUUACCUCGGAAGUUCUCUCAGAAGAUCUUACAUGCUUUGCAAAUGAGGCCUCGCGCACCAAGCAACUUGAUAAGAGUGGUUGCUGACGCACUUGCUGCAAUAGGAGAUCGUAUGGUCGUUAUGGGUCCGUCCAAAGGCCCAGCAAUCUGCGAGAACAUAAAUGUUGAUAUGAUUAGCAAGGAGGAUUUGUAUGAUGUUCCGAAGAUAAUGGCCAUUCUUUGCCCUGAAGAGGGAAGUUCUGUAAAGCAAGAGGCUGCACUGCCAGAAAAUUCUGAUGGUAACAAAUUGUGCAAUGUUGCUGGAAACGUACCUAAGGCUGUACAUGAUACCAAGGUGGAGAGUACUGGAGAGAUAGAUUUACGCGAUGAGAGUAUUGCCUUCUGGGAGAUGGUUGAGACUUUUCAGGUCAACAAGGAAGGCCAGAAAGAUGCAAGGUCUAUUAUUCAGUUCCUUAGGAGCGCCAUUCCAUGGCUGACUGAUGCACAACUGCUGGAAGAGGUCAGGCACAUCUGCAGCGAAUUCGAAGAAUGUUCUGCCAGGACGGAGAAGACAACAUGUCUGACUGUGGAGGAUCUGUACUCAAUGUGGCAAGGUGGCGAGAACAAACUGCAGACGAUCAUCAGCUUCCUGCGUUCCGCAAGGGCGUCCACGAAAGAAGAUGGCAGAAGGAAUGAAGCCGCAGCCGUCGGCCAGCCGCAGACUGACGGGGCAGACGGCCAGGCCGGAUGCUCAGGCAAGGAGACGGAAUCGGUGAAGGAAGAAGCGGCCACACAAAAGGGGGCUCAGAAGAAGAAGAACAAGAAGAAACCCAAGAAACCCAAAGGCCGUGGCAGGAAGUGAGGGGCUGUUUGGUUGCUACCCUGAGAUGAAUUUGCCUGGCCACAAGCUAGCCAGACACUGGCCUGAACCUUGUUUGGUUGCUACCCUGAGCAUUCGUGCUGCUAGCCUGACCUGACCACACAGGCAUGUGAUUAGCCGGAGUCAGGCCACCGAAAUCGGAGGCCUGAGACUCAGGCACGCGCAUGCAGCUUACUUUAAUGAUUCACUAGCGUAUUGAUGGGUGUAUGUAUGGGCUGCAUGCAUGUAGCAAUCAAUGCUUGCUAUCAUUUUUUAUUGCCUCAUGCUCAGGCACGCUCAGGCACGAACCAAACA